AAAUGUAAACACGCACAAUAGCGCGUGAUAUCGCGAUUGGGAGUUCUUUCAUUCCGUUUCAAGGACAUUGCUUGUACUCUGUUAUCUAUAAAUGCCUAAGGCAUUCACAGGUUUAUCUGCGCGCCAUAGAAUAUGGAAUUUUCCGGACUUCCCCGAUAACAAGCAAGUUGCGUCACUUUCGUGUCACAAGGUUUCGUGUCGUAAAGUAGGAAUUUAAGGGCAUCCGUUUCCGUAAUCGUAGGUGGAACGCAAGAAGGGGAAGCAAAGUGGUAAACUUGAUAAAAGUGCAGUAGUGGCACCAUUCAAAGGGAACAACAUGAGUAAGCACCAUAAAGGAGGAAAUCGUAGGAAGUGGUCAAGUGGAAGCAGUAGGUCAGCUAAAAAGGAAGUACCAGUAGCCGAUAACAUAACACAGCCACGAAACUUCAAAGAGACUCCAGCAGCCAGACAGGGAAGAAAUCCUGUGAUAAGUGAGCUGAAACAUCAGCAUGAAAGUUGCGUCGACGUUAACAAAGAUUCGUUGCAACAAAUGGGGUCGCCAGAUGACGGAAAUCAGCCAGAAAGUCAGGAUGCAAACGGUGGCUCACAUCUUGUCGCAGACCAGGCAUCUGGCACUCAGACAGAACAUUCAGCACAGUCUGAAUAUGAAGAACUGCCAGCAGACAGCAGUGGCACUACAGCAUGUGGAAUGAGUUUCCUGUAUAAGUGUCUGGAAUGUCAGCAUGAUAAUCCUAUUUUAAGAGAAAUGGUUUAUACUCAUCCAAAGAAGGACUAUUAUAUAGGUCUGUUAAAGCAGCAACAUGCCGAUCAUGAAGCAAAGUGCAGUGCGGUAUCUAAAGGUGCUGCAGAGUUAAAAACCCCUCGGCAGAAGAACUCUGACAGUCAGGCAGUCUAUGAUUGUAGCAGUGCAAAGAACCAACGCAGUAGCAGUUUUCCUGUUGGGCAGCGAAGUCACAGUGACACAACAACAAACGAUGAAGAUAAAGACGACAACAGAAUGGAUGUUUGUAAUGCGGAAGAGAGGAGCUCCUUGGGAACUCCGAUGCCUGCAGAAGGUAGAGACUGGUUUGAAGAUUCACAGACGGAGGAUGGAGAAGAAAAUUGGGAUGAUGGAAUGCAGCAAGGGAACAGAAGGGGAGCUGUAGAAGACCACAGCAGAGAAAGGAGAGGGGAGAGUUAUAAGAGAGGGAGACAAGACACUGACAACUGGAGACGGCAGGAUAAUAGAAGACCACAGGAUAAUGACAGCGGAUGGAGCAGAGAUGAUAGAGGUAAAAGCAGAGGUAACAAGAAGUACAAAAUUGUGAAGGAAGUGGAUGGUGACCUCUUUACAGCUCCUAAGGAAUAUUCUUUGGCACACUGUGUGGCAACUGACAUGAGAAUGGGAAGUGGCAUUGCAGUGAGUUUCAGACAGAAUUUUAAGAGGGUCGGUGAAUUGUUAGACCAGCGCGCACGUGUCGGUCACAUCGCAGUCCUGGAGCACGAGGGAAGAUUCAUUUACUAUCUUGUAACUAAAAGAUAUAGCAAUGAGAAGCCUUUUUUCCAAGACCUGGUCUCUUCACUGGAAAAAAUGAGAAAUCACUGCGCUGAGCACAAAGUAAAGUUUCUUGCUAUGCCGAGAAUUGGAUGUGGACUGGACAGGCUGGAAUGGAGAGAAGUAAAGCCAAAGAUUGAAGAAUUGUUUUCUGAGCUUGACAUCAGCAUCACCGUCUACAACUACAAUCAGCCAGAGAAAGAAGAAGACCAAUAUCCAAAAAGCAAAAAGACCCUUGUUGUUCGACACCAGCCGUACCCUUUGGUUGACAUUGAAAGUCUGACAGCCCUUCUGUUCUUUGGUUCUGAAGAUGGCAGUGUGGAUAAUUGUGGAAAAACCCUUGAUUGUAAGUUCAACUUCCUGCCGGAUUACAAGAGACAGAUGAAGAGAAUUAGAGAUAUAAUACGUUUGGAGAAGAAAAAUGAAGUUCUGUAUGGACUUAUUGUGAGACAGAAACAGACUGAUGUAUUCUCUUACGUUAAUUUUGAAAAAUGUCUCUAUGAAUUACGUAAACUUAUAAAGAAAGAUGACUUUAAAUACAUUGGUAUUGAAGCAUUUUGUGUAAAUGACGAUGAAGACACAAUGGAAAAGGUCAUCUCAGUUAUGAAAGGUGUUCUCUUAGCACCUGGGUUGGAAUUGUAUGUCUGUUGGCCAAAAGAAUUGGCACAUUGUCAUACGUGGAGUGGAGAAACAAGGUAAUGGUUGUAACAUUGUCAUAUGAAAGGGAGAACCAUUUUACGUAACUCUGCAAAACACUGUUCCAGGUGAUUCAAUUGGAAUUUGUGUUAUCCUGACAUUAGUAGAGCCACAACAUUCCUGAAAUUUGUUUGGGCAGGAUAGAACAAAAUUCAUACUGUCCUCGGUCCUUUAGUAAAGCUGCUGUCUAGGGGUCUCGGUACAUACAGUAACUUUCUGCCUCUCAAAAAUGGUGAUUUAAAUGAAGAAAAGUGGGCUGUCAGGCUGGUGACAUGGGGAUUACUCUCUCCGGGUGUGAAACCGUGAGAAUUUAUCAAUUUACUAUUAUUAUUUCUGCUGGUUUCUCCCACGCCUCCCAACUACAUAUUCCUAUAAACGAUCAACCAGACUGCGCAAGGUCACAUUGCAGAAGACAGUAAUACUCUGGAUUAGAAGUUACUGUGCACUGUUUUGAAAUUGUAUAGUGCUGACUUACAGAAUUCUUUUUGUGGCAAUACAAUCUUUACUUUAAAAAUUGUUCUGGGCCAUUUUCAAGUUUGUAUUGUGGUCAUGUACGGACAUUGCACAACAAGAACAGUAAAACAAGAAAGAAAAUUACAAAAAUUGUUUUAUGUUACUAUUUAGAAGUAAAAAUAGCAUUGUGCAAUAAGGUCACAUCUGUCAGUACUGGUUAUGGCUUUGCCUAAUGUACAUACAUUUGUGUAUGCAGUACAGAACUUCACUCAUGGCAAAGUUUAACCCCCCCCCCCUCCACCAGUACUGUUGUACUAGGCACUACACUGCAGCGCACAUAUUGCGAUCCACUUGAGCAGAUGAUGUAAUGCUUGUAAAUUUACACCCAGUUAGAACUUUGAAAGAAAAUGCAAAGGUAAAUAUCUGUUCUCACAUAUGGCUUAUAAUUUGGAAGUCAUCAAGGCAGUGUUAGAUUCGAAACUAUGGUACAGUGACUUUGCCUUAUUUUGACUAGGUAAGACGUUUAAUGUCCUCUAGAUGCAUUUAAAGCAUGACGCAUAUUACAUAACAUAACAUAUAGCAUUCCAGAGUUAGUCAAAAUGACUGUUUGAUGUGGAAUAUGUCAUAUAAAUACAAAACAUAGGUACAGUCCCAAUGGAGUAUUUCUCAGCUGCUCAUAAGAUGGCUCACCUAAACUACAGAAUAUUUCCCUUCUCCUGAAAUUUGUAACAUUUCUAUUUUCUAUGCUGAUCAGUUUCUUGGUGGGGAAGAAAUAUGGACGUUUAUAUUUUGAAGUGCACACACUGAUAGUUUCAGGCAAAACUUGGAAGCUCUUCAUUAUUAAAGCUACUUAUAUAUACAGGACCAUCCAAAAGAAGCUGUACUUUCAAAUGACUAUAUGUAUUGCUAUAACUGCACUUGCAGCACUAAUGAAGUAAGAAAGUUGUUCUUCACAUAAAAGCAAAUUCAGUGUGCAGUCCUUGUAUAUGCAGUGUUCCGUUUCUGUACAUUCUACAACAGCUGCAAUUUCAGCCUUUGUUUCUCCCUGCCAGGGUGUAUCACCAACCAAUGAUAAACUGCCAGCUGUUACACUUGUAUGAUACCAGAUUCAUUAAUUUCAAUGUAUAUGGGCAGCAUGUCUUGUUUUGACGAUGCUUUAUUAUUUUAUUCCUUUUAUGGCUCACUAGAGAUAGCAGUCCACAUAUCUGCAGUGGUUUAAAGCAAACAAAGACUUUUUUUUUAAUUCACGGCAACAUGAGUUAAUUUGUAUAUUGUCUAUAACUUUGCUGCUGUAGGAAUAAACUCACUAUAUCUUCUUUGUUUUAAGCAUUCACAGCUUUUUGUAGCUGCAAGAAAAUGAUCACUGACAGUUCAGCACCUUAUUAGCAGCUGUCUUUUGUGCAAGGCUGUGAAAAUAUUUCAGUAUUGUUAAAGCUUGUGUUGCCUUGGAACACAAGUAUUUGGGGACAUUAUAUUGUCCAGUAAAGUAUAAAGUCAUAUCAGAUGUAGUACUACGAAGAAAUAAUUGUGAUAUAGUUUCCUUGUCACUCUGAAGAGGAUGCAGUGACUCUCACACCUUUGAUACUAUGCAUUACAUAUGCAAAAUGAGUGAUAUCUCUAUCAUUGUAACAUUUUAAAUAAAUAACUAUUUGUUUUACCUUAUAUCUGCAUUUCCCAAACGAGGCAGGCUAAGAAACAUGUAGCUUCAUAAUACAGUGUGCACAUAAAAGUCCCUACAUGGGCGUUAUUUUGUGAGUCGUGACUGACUUGUCACUUAGUCGAGGAUUCUGACAUUUUCUUUUAUACCGCUUUUCUCAUUUCCCCCUUGGAUUCCAAGUGACACUACUGUCGCACAUUCUUAUGAUGUCCUAUAAGUGGGUUAAAAGUCACUUCUGUAGCUCAGUACAGUGACUACGAGGCUGCAGGCUGGAAAGUAGAGGAAAUGGAGUUCAGUUUUGGGCAGGGGCAUGCAGACCAGCUUUGGGGCCUAUGCAGCUUUCUAUCCAUUGGGUCCCAGGGACUGUUGUGGAAUAAACUGGAGGGGGGUGAAGCUGACCACACCUCAAUUUAGUCCUGAAGUUAAUUCAUGGAGCCAUACCUCCAUUCCCUCACAUGUAUGCAUGGCAUGGUGCUUAUUUAAGCAAAGGGACUUUUUCUUUCUGUUUCAGUAAUUGAGAUAGGCACUUUAUGCAGAGUUUGUGUGGUUCUCACUGAAAAGAUUCUGACAUGCUUUACUUGUGUUAGUCACUUCUAUCCAAAUUUUACUGAGCAGUGUUUAUUAAUGACACAGUCAUAUGCAUUUUGUGCCAUAACUGAGGCAGUUAGACCCUGACUUCUCUUCAUGAAGUCCCUGGUUCAGUCCAGUGCUGGGCGGUGUCAUCAUGUGAGAUCAUGGUGAACAGAGUGGCACUGGAGCUUGUUUCACUCCAUAUUUGUAUGGUGUUUGUCUGCCAUUGCUGCAUCCCGUGAGGCGCGCGAUAGGCCUGACCAGGCAGCGCAGCUUCAUCUCAGCCUGUGCUUGGCUGGGUACUCAGUGAGAAGUUACUUUGAUCUUUAAUCAUUAAUUAUAAUUUUAUGUAAAGUAUAUUUGAUAGAUACACUGAAAUAAAAUACAGGAGCUUGAAAUUCAAAUUGAUAUUCCAGUUCAUACUUUACCCAGAGUUCUGACAUGCCGGAGAAUGGCUAAAAUCUCGUUCAGCUUUCAGUUGGUUUAUUCACAUUUGUCAGGCCAGAAUGAAAAUGCAACCAAAACUUCUAUCAUCAUAAACAUGUUGUAUGUGGGAUUAGAGUGGAUUGCUCUGGGCUAAAUUAAAUGAGAUGAAGGGGUGGAUGCUACGCGAGCUUUGCCCUGCAGUUGUCCGUGAUUUGUUAUGCGUGUCAUUAGUAAAAUUACCAGCCUAGUAGUCCCACACUUUGAACCAAGCACACUACCUUACUUAAGGGCAUAUUGGGAUUGUCAAUGGGCUUUAUGAAAUGGAGUCCUGAGUGACAAAACUUUAAUUCAGUUGGAACCUCUCAUUUUGCAGUGGAUCUGUUUGCUAGUCCUUUCAAGUGACAAGUCCGGCAACGAGCCUGACUUGUGGCAUUGUGACAAGCCAAAUCGUUACCUCAUGAAUCUAAUAUUUUCCUAGUUAGUUUUAUCCCUUUGGACAUCCAGAUAGCAUUACAAGACUAUGAUGUAUGUUAAAGGUGUAUUGAAGGGGUUAAUAAAGACCACUGUACUAUGGAUAAAAGUGUUCAUUCUUUGAUUGCCCUAUUUGGGAAAUGCUGCUUUAUGUUACAUUAGUGUACUGAUGCGGUUUGAAGAAAUGUUGUCUUCACACUGUGGCAUAGGGGACCAUCCCUACCUGUGCACGGAAAUAAGUGUAACUGUCUGUUGGCUUACUGUUAUAUCAACUGUGGUAAUAGAACAAAUACAAAAUAUUUAAUGGGUAUAAUUACAAGAUAAAAUUUAAGAAUUGUAAUCAAAAUGAAUAUAAAAUAUUGAAAUUAAA